UCGUUGGUUUCGGGUUGUCAGGCAGCAGAGGGCCACACAAGCGAGGCUGCGGGGGACCCGGUGACGGUGGGGGUGCGGCUCGGCCCUGCCCGCUCUUGCGGCCUGAGCCCCUCCAUCCGCGCAAGCAUGAAGGACAGCGGGGACUCCAAGGACCAGCAACUCAUGGUGGCGCUCCGGGUCCGGCCCAUCAGCGUGGCGGAACUGGAGGAAGGAGCCACCCUCAUUGCCCAUAAAGUGGACGAGCAGAUGGUGGUUCUCAUGGACCCCAUGGAGGACCCCGACGACAUCCUGCGGGCGCACCGGUCCCGGGAGAAGUCCUACCUGUUCGACGUGGCCUUCGACUUCACUGCCACGCAGGAGAUGGUGUACCAGGCCACCACCAAGAGCCUCAUCAAAGGUGUCAUCUCAGGCUACAAUGCCACCGUCUUUGCCUAUGGCCCCACAGGCUGUGGGAAGACCUACACCAUGCUGGGCACGGACCACGAGCCAGGCAUCUACGUGCGGACCCUCAACGACCUCUUCCGUGCCAUCGAGGAGACCAGCAAUGACAUGGAAUAUGAGGUGUCGAUGUCCUACCUGGAGAUCUACAAUGAGAUGAUCCGGGACCUGCUGAACCCCGCCCUGGGCUACCUGGAGCUGAGGGAGGACUCCAAAGGGGUGAUCCAGGUGGCCGGGAUCACCGAGGUCUCCACCAUCAAUGCCAAAGAGAUCAUGCAGCUGCUGAUGAAGGGGAACCGGCAGAGGACGCAGGAGCCCACGGCCGCCAACCGGGCGUCCUCCCGCUCCCACGCGGUGCUGCAGGUGUCCGUGCGCCAGCGCAGCCGGGUCAGGAACGUGCUGCAGGAGGUGCGGCUGGGCCGCCUGUUCAUGAUCGACCUGGCCGGCUCCGAGCGCGCGUCCCAGACCCAGAACCGCGGGCAGCGCAUGAAAGAGGGGGCGCACAUCAACCGCUCCCUGCUGGCCCUGGGCAACUGCAUCAACGCGCUGAGCGACAGGAACAACAACAAGUACAUCAACUACCGCGACAGCAAGCUCACGCGGCUCCUGAAGGACUCCCUGGGGGGCAACAGUCGCACCGUGAUGAUCGCGCACAUCAGCCCGGCGAGCAGCGCCUUCGAGGAGUCCCGGAACACGCUGACCUACGCCGGCCGGGCCAAGAACAUCAAGACCAGGGUGAAGCAGAACCUGCUCAGCGUGUCCUACCACAUCGCCCAGUACACCAGCAUCAUCGCCGACCUGCGGGGCGAGAUCCAGCGGCUCAAGUGCAAGAUCGAUGAGCAGGGCGGGCGGGGCCAGGCCCGGGGCCGGCUGGAGCAGGGCGACCUUCGCCACAUCCCGGCCGAGGGCCAGCAGCGCGGCGGGCCGCAGGAGCAGGCCGACAUGGGGCAGCUGCGGACACAGCUCAUCAGCGCCUUCCGGGAGCAGAUGGACGUGCGCAGGCGCCUGCUGGAGCUGGAGCACCACGCCAUGGAGGUCCAGAUCGACAGCUCCCGCCACCUGCUCACCAUCGCUGGCUGGGAGCAGGAGAAGUCACGCAGGGCGCUCAAGUGGAGGGAGGAGCAGCGGAAGGAGUCGUACACCAAGGAUGACAGCGAGAAGGACUCGGACACCGGGGACGACCAGCCGGACCUCCUCGAGCCCCCCGAGGUGGCCUCGGCCCGGGAGAGCAUCGCCGCCCUGGUGGGCGAGCAGAAGGACCUGCGCAAGCAGAAGCUAGCGCUGGAGCAGCGCUGCCGCGAGCUGAGCGCGCGGGGCCGCCGCCUGGAGGAGACGCUGCCGGGACGCAUCGGCUCCGAGGAGCAGCGCGAGGUGCUCAGCCUGCUGUGCCGCGUGCACGAGCUGGAGGUGGAGAACACCGAGAUGCAGUCGCACGCGCUGCUCCGCGAUGGCGCUCUCCGCCACCGCGGCGAGGCGGUGCGCCGCCUGGAGCAGCACCGCACCCUCUGCGACGAGAUCAUCCAGGGCCAGCGGCAGAUCAUCGACGCAGACUACAACCUGGCCGUCCCCCAACACCUGGAGGAGCUUUAUGACGUGUACCUGCGGGAGCUGGAGGAGGGCAGCCUGGAGCGGGCCACCAUCAUGGACCGGGUGGCCUCCAGGGCCCUGCAGGACAGCUCCUUGCCCAAACUGACCCCGGCAGGAACCAUGCUGACGCCGGAGUCGGACCUGGAGAGUGUGAAGACGCUGAGCUCCGGGGCCCAGCGCCUGCAGAACAGCACCCUCCCGCCCCUCAGCACGGAGAGUGAAGCCAACCUCGCAUUCAAGGCCAGUCCCCGGGCGUGGCAAGCGAAAAGUUCCUCUGUGCCCACCCCGCCACCCAUCCAGAUCAGCAGCCUGGUGACCCAGGAGGUCCUCACCCAGGACAGCCUGCUCAGCCUGCACAGCCGGAUCAACUCUUCCCCGGACAGCAGCGAGCACCUGUCGGAGAUCCCCUUGUCCCACACAGCAGAGAGGACGGAGAUCCUGAGCGGCACCAAGGGCAUCGCCGUGAAGGCUGCCCGGAGGCGCUCCAGGGCCCUGGGAGCGGAGGGGUGCCACCUGCUGGCCGCUGCGGUGCAGCGCAGCAGCCUGUCCCUGCACUCGCUGAGCGAAGCCGACGACGCCCCGCCCCCCGGCCCACCGGCCUGCAAGCGGCCCUCCAGCCCCACGCUGCAGCACGCUGCCAGUGAGGACAACCUGUCCAGCAGCACGGGCGAGGCCCCAACCCAGGUGGUAGGGCAUCGCGGCGACGGCCCUGGGCCCUGGCUGCGUGGCCAGAAGAAAAGCCUGGGCAAGAAACGGGAGGAAUCGCUGGAAGCAAAAAGGAGGAAGCGGCGGUCCAGGUCUUUCGAGGUCACAGGACAAGGGCUCGCCCGCCCCAAGGCACACCUCCUGGGGCCCCGUGCCCUGGAGAACAUCUCGGACCACAGAAUGCCGGUGUGCAGGCACCCAGCCCCUGGUAUCCGGCACCUGGGAAAGGCCGUGCUGCCUUUGGCCAAAGUCCAAGUCCCUCCAAGCCAGAACACAGGCCCCGGAGUGUCCUCCCCCCUCGCUGUUCCGGCCAACCCAGCUGGUGGUUCCCGGCGAGCUACACGUGGGCCCCGCCUGCCCCACGGCGCAAGCAGCCACGGCAAAGACGGACACUUCCGGCGUAACUGAGGGGCCCUGCCUGGAGCCGACUCUCCUGCCUGCCCCCCCCCCCCCCCGCCCGAGACUGAGUGGGGCGUAGUGGGGAAUGGACUCUAGGUAGAUGGGGUGAUCUGGAAGCAGGAGCUCGGGAUCUCAGAAGGCCGGGGCUCCGGAGCCCCAGGAAUUCUGAGGGGGCCUGCCCAGCCCUUCCACGUGUGCGGUGCCACCGGGGAGUGGGGGGGGGGGAGCCCAGCAGGCAUGGCUGUGGGGACAGGGCUCCCCCAGACAGAACCCUGUUGCCAAAACUCUGCACAGACCUGCAGCCAGUCUCGGCCUUGGAAAUCGGAGAAGAGUUGUUACUGGGACAGGGCUCCUGGGCCCGCUGCUGGGGCAAGAACACCCCGGAUGGUGGGGGAGGGGGCCAGC